AUGUCGGACCGACAACAGGGCGCCGGCUGGCUAAGCUUCGCCAACCCUCAUGACCCUGGAGCCACCGAUCCGACCUUGCUGAAGGAGAACUCGGAGAGCCGCUCGUACACCACGGAGCGCUAUACCUAUUCUGGCAUCAGGACAUUCUACAAACGACACCUCCAAGCAGACCAGCUGCCCAACCCACCACUGCCCCUGCUGGUCUGUAUCCACGGCCUGGGAGGAUCAGUGGCUCAGUUCCAUCCGUUGCUGACUAGUCUGGUUCAUAUAUCAACUUGCCUGGCCAUCGACUUGCCCGGCUGCGGCCGCUCAGAGUUCACCCAGCAAGCAUGGGACGCCUAUACUCCGGAAGCGCUGUGUGAGCUGCUGGAGGUCAUCAUCGAUGAGUAUCGUCAGAAGGAGCCCGACCGCAGCGUCGUACUCAUCGGCCACAGUAUGGGGACUACCAUGUGCGCGCAGCUGGCGAGUCGCAAUGCGCCGCACAAGACGGACCUUCGCAAGUACGUUGUCGGACUGGUCGCCAUCUGUCCCGUAGCCGGCCCACCCACAGAAGACAAGACGACGCUGUUUCGAAGGCUACUUUGGGUACCCGGCUGGAUCUUUGACUUGUGGAGGGCUUACGAUCGGUGGGGAGGCCCGCAAAGUGCCAGCGUCAGUCGAUUCGUCGGCCCUGGUGCUGAUCUCGAGCUUCGCAAGCUCCAGGAUCGCUUCAACAACCAAAGCAGGACGCCCGUCUGGCGCAGAAUGGCCUGGGGAUCGCUUCCAAACUAUGAAGAUGGAGUUGCGAAGGGUGGCGUACCUGGCAAGGACGUGUGGACCGGCAUUGAUGUUCCGGUCUAUCUUGUUGGCGGAAAAGAGGAUAAGCUCACGAAGCCUGAGGAGGUGGACAAGAUCAGGGACUAUCUCUCAGGCAAGGCGCCUCUAUCACCCGAGACUGGGUCGGACGACGGGCAUGAAACCAUUGUCGACGCGGCGGCACCAGUCAACACAUCAAAGAUUCCGACGGACCACGGGCCCGAGAGUAUAGAUGAUAUUCGAGACGAGGACUUCCAUCGAGAUCGUAAAGUCAACGAAGAUGCCGACAACGCUCUCGAAGAUCCGUCGACACCGCAAGAGUCGCCGGCAAACGUCCCGCCUCAGCCCCGGCAUCCUACCAAGGUCGUCAGGUCUAUCAUUAUGCCUGCACCUGCCAAUCACGCGCUUCUAUUCAUGCCUGCUACAGUCAGAAUUCUGGCUGGUCUCAUCUCCGACUUCCUUGCCAAUCAUGUCACUGGUCGUCUAUCCCUCGGCUGGCAACUACAGUAUCUCUCACGGGAAGGCAAGUGGGAUGUGAAGAACCUGGCCAAGUGGAAGGGCGUUACCCCGGUCUCGCACCCAAUCGGUCCAGCAGGCAGCCCGCCAGUCUUCAGAGCGAUGAAGACUCUGCGAGAAGCAGACGACACGCACUGUCCCGCCGAGUUUGUCAAGAACUGGGGAGGAAUCAUCAAGGACGUGAUUGACAUCAGUCACGACAAGCCGGUGUACGACCCACGGAGCAUGGAAAAGGGCGGCGUACGAUAUCACAAGUUUGCAACGGUAUCAAAGAUACCGCCAAAGGACUCGGAGGUGGCCCACUUCAUUGCCCUCGUGGACAAGUUGCGAGAGCAGCAGAAGGCGAGGGCCGAGGAGGAGAAGUGGGCCGAAGUGGACGGCCAGACGCAGGUCAUUGGCGUCCACUGCCACUAUGGCUUCAACCGCACUGGCUAUUUUAUCGUGUGUUAUCUGGUCGACCGAUGUGGGAUGUCGGUCAAGGACGCAAUCGAGACGUUCAAGGAGGCGAGGCCUAAUGGGAUUCGCCACCAACACUUUAGAGACCGGCUAUAUCUGCGGUACUCGGGACUGCAGGAGGAGGAGGCUGUGGAGCAGCAGCAGAACAGUUCAUGA